AAUAAAAACUGUGUAUGUCACAAUGACAUUUGUCAAAUCGAUGAGUUUGCCUACUCUGUACGAACAUUACACCCGUGGAGGGAUCGAAAGUGGGCUCUCAGCGAAUCAGCCCUUCUUCACGCUGAACAACAGAAACAUCACGAUUUUCAGCGGCGCCAUGCACUACUUCCGCGUACCACCAGAAUAUUGGAGGGACAGGUUGAGGAAGAUCCGGGCCGCAGGUUUGAACGCGGUGGAAACGUACGUCCCGUGGAAUCUGCACGAACCUCAAGCGGAUCGUUUCGAUUUUGGAUCGGGAGGUUCGGAUUUCGAGAAGUUUCUGGAUAUCGAAUUGUUUUUGAAGAUGGCCCAAGAAGAGGAUCUGUUCGCGAUAGUAAGACCUGGUCCUUACAUUUGCGCUGAAUGGGAAUUCGGCGGAAUGCCCAGUUGGUUGCUGAGGAAUCGCGAGAUGAGAUUGAGGAGCAGCGACGCCACAUUCAUGUUUUACGUGGAGAAAUACUUCAGGACUUUACUCUCGAUUUUAACGGUGCUACAAUUCACCAACGGCGGCCCGAUUAUAGCGUUUCAAAUCGAAAACGAAUUCGGUAGCUUGAAAAUGCACGAUACGCGAUACUUGAAGGGUUUGAAGAGGAUCUUCAGGGGUUACGGAAUUGUUGAGCUUCUGUUCACUUCGGAUGGACCAUCUGCAGGGAAUUUAGGCCAAAUCCCGGACACUUUAUUCACAGGGAAUUUCCAAAGCGAUCCCAGACAAGAAUUACGAAUUUUACAGAGCUACCAACCGGGAAAACCAUUGAUGGUGAUGGAAUAUUGGACCGGAUGGUUCGAUCAUUGGGGCGAACCGCACAACGCGAUACCCGAUUACGAUUUCGUCUACACUUUAGGUAUAAUCUUAAGAUUUCCGGCUUCGGUUAACCUGUACAUGUUCCACGGAGGAACCAGUUUUGGCUUCAUGAACGGAGCGAACUAUUUCAAUAGGGAAUUGGGAAAUGCGGCUUUCCAACCAGACACGAACAGCUACGAUUACGACGCUCCGCUCUCAGAGAGCGGGGAUUACACGCAAAAGUACUUCAGCGCGAAGAACUUGAUACGAAUUUACAAUAAAAUCAGAACGAGAAUACCGCCAAUGCCGAAGUUGAAAAGGAAGGUGGCUUAUGAGACUAUAGAGAUUCAGCAUCAGCUCACGCUGCUCGAGAUGUUGGAACAAAUACCUUACAGGAUAUACGCAGACACCGUGAUCCCAAUGGAAGCGCUACCAAUCAACAAUAACUCGGGUCAAAGCUACGGCUAUAUAGUGUACAGAAAAGAGAAUAUUUACAUCCCACCUAAUUCCAUUUUGACGAUAGUCGGAGGAGUCUGCGACACGGUCAUGGUUUUGAUCGAUGGCGCUUUGAAAUCCAAGAUUUUGGAAAGCGUGAAAGACUUUAACGGCUUCGGUUAUUGGAGAUUGAGGGAUUCCGAAUUGGAAAUAAACUCUGAAUAUCUUAAUGCAACACUCGAUUUGGUCGUUGAGAAUUGGGGACGUGUCAACUUUGGUGCUCACCAUCAGUUCUUCCAGUACAAAGGUCUGUGGCAAGGACCGAUACUCUUGAACAACGAAUCCGUUGAUAAUUGGGUUAUAAUACCUUUGGAAUUUAAAACCAGAUGGAUCAAAAAGUUGACCAACUGGCAUCCACUUACGUCGUCCAUCUACAGAGGUCCUGCGCUCUACAAAACCAAGUUAUACCUUGAAGAUAAACCUGAAGACACUUACGUGGAUAUGAGGGAUUGGAAUAAAGGUAUCGUCAUUGUUAACGGCUUCGUGCUGUCGAGGUACUGCACUUUGGGUCCUCAACAAAUGCUGUAUCUUCCUGCUCCGUUCCUGAAGAGGGGAUUCAACGAUAUCCUCGUUUUCGAGCAUUUCGAUGCUUUCGAGUACAUCAAAUUCUCCAACAAACAGAUCUACCAAACGAUGGAAAACAAACACGACAUCUUCACGAAAAGAAUAUCCAUCUACAUCGAAGACUAAAUAUUAUAAUUUUAAAUAUAUAAG